AUGGCAAACAUAAAGACAUGGAAAGUGGGUUUUCUUCUUUUUUGUAUCUUGGCAACGUUUAUUAGUACAUUGCAUGCCGAGGAAAUUCGCUUGACCAGCGAUGACUAUUCAGCAACCUCUUGCUCAGGUGUGUGGAGCAAAGAAUCUAUUCCUGGUGGAUCCCAACCAUUUAUCCAAGUGUCUCUUGGAAAAGAGUCUCGUGGCAACGUUUCAUUGCUUGUAUACGAAUGGCAGGAUUUCGAGCAUCUUGGAGCUUACGAUGAAAAGAGUGGAGAGACUGUAUACGUUUGCGAUCAAUUAGCUGUUUCUCACAAACUUUGCUCGUCCUCAGACAUUGGACAAUUCAUCACCAACCUUCCAUCUGAUAAACAGAACAGCUCCAGCAUCUUGACAUCUACUUUUACUAUGACAGGAAAUCAAACUGAAAUGGCUUUGUAUAAAGUGGAUUACACUGGCUACUACUGUGUGGCUUUGGUUCCUGCAGGAAACGAUAAUGGCACUUGGUUUGAGGCUUGGGUUGAAUGGAAAUUCCCUUAUGGCGAAUUACCAGCUGUUGAUUAUCCCAAGCUUUUGUUGUAUGGAACCUUCGCUUGUGUCUAUUUAGCUGUGGGUAUCUUUUGGUUUAUUCAAAGCUAUCGUAACUGGGAUGAUAUUUUGCCUGUUCAACACUUUUUGUCAGCAGCCAUUUUCUAUCUUAUUGUCGAAAUGGCAUUCAAUUUUGGUUUCUGGGAAGCGUAUAACCAAACUGGAAAGACCUCUUAUGGUCUUUUAGCACUUGUUGCAUUAUUAAAUGCAGGUAGAACAAGUAUGUCCUUUUUCAUGCUGCUGAUUGUGUGUAUGGGCUACAGUGUGGUCAAGCCUAGUCUUGGAUCCAUGAUGAAGAAAUGCAUCAUCCUCGCUUGCACUCACUUCUUUUUCGGUGUCAUCUACACACUAGGCACUAUGCUUUUGUCACCAGAAACAGCAGGUCUUUUGAUCUUGCUGGUGAUUUUCCCUCUCUCCAUUACAAUGACCACUUUCUACGUUUGGACACUCAAUUCUAUCACAGGCACUAUCCAUGAUUUGGAAUUACGCAAACAGCAUGUCAAGGUGAUCAUGUACAAGCGUCUUUAUCGCCUCUUAUUGUUCUCUGUGCUCGCCGUGAUUGCCAUCUUUAUCAUCAACAUGUUUGCAUUCUCUGGUCGUAUGGCCAUUGAUUGGGCUGCCAACAACUGGAAAUACCGUUGGGUCAUGCUGGACGGCUUGCUGAAUGUCUUGUACUUUAUCGUGUUUUUGGUUAUUGUCAUUUUAUGGAGACCUACUAGUAACAAUGCUCGCUAUGGUUUGAUGCAAAUCAGUCAAGAUGAAGAGGAAGCCCUGGAUUUGGAAGAGCGAUUGAGACGAGCCGAAGAUCAAGAAGCACAUCAAGGAGGACGCAGUAAUCCUAACGGAUUGGGUGGAGCAAAUGCAAACCAUCAUGAAAUCGACGAUGAUGCAGCCAUUUUUGAAUUGGGCGGAGAGCUCACAGAUGAGGAGGAUGAACGCGAUCAUCAACCCAUCACUAAAAACGUCGAGUUGUCUGAUUUGAGCACGAAAAAGAAUACUGGCAGUGGCUAUCACAACCCCAAAGGAGGCAAGGGAGGUGAACAGAGUGCGUUAUUACAUGUAGAUCAAGAUGACGAAGACGACGAUGAAGAAGAUUUGGAUGAUGGUGAAAAUGCACACUUAACAAAGAAUGCCAGAAAACAGACAUAA